UAUUUUUACAGAAAUCCCUGAGCCUAACGUUAAACUGACACAACCGUGGCAGUUGUGGGAGAGAAAUAUAAAUGAAGAAAUUGAAUGUCGUUGAAAAACAAUGUCAUUUCAUAGGAACCUAGAAAAGCAUAACUUACGCGGAUGAAUAGGUCAUAUUACUAACUUAGCAGUAAGGAUAGAAGACAAAUCAACCAAUCAGAAUCGUCGACAAAAAUAGGGCCUAACGUUCCUGGGAUUUAGCUAAGAUUUUAAAUAAUGCUAAGUAUAAACACAAUUUAUAGCAAUUUAUCAGUUUAUUAUUAACUGAAGCUACGUUUGUUUUACUCUGAUCGUCGCUCACGCUCAUCAGGUUGCACACAGAAGUCAGAGUGAGCACCCUAAUCUGCAGCACCAGAGAGAAUGAACCAAGUGAAGACAGAUGACAAAUAUCAGCCACGCGCACCUGUGCCCGGCAUUCAUGCACUUGUUUACCAGCAAAACAACCACAACCAGUGCUAUGGGUUUUUUCAAGAAGGUCAUGUCAAGUUUCUGCCUGUGGGGACACAGAACCUGCCAUCUAUGGCCGUGACCAGGCCACAAACACCACAGUCACUAUCAAGCACCCUUCGAUACUACGGGGAGGGAUUGAAUUGCCCACAGAACUAUUGUGUGCCCCCACUGCCAGCUGGAUUUUCUCAAGGGGGUCCCGCCCGGUCACUGCCUAAUUGGACACAGAACCUGUCGUCUAUUGCCAUGACCAGCACACAAGCACGACAGCCUCCACCAAGAACCCUUGAUUACAACUGGAAUAGGCUGGAAGGUCCACAGAACAAUGUCAGAGGGAAGACACUGAAGGGGACAGUUUCUCUUGGAGAACCUGGGAGUAGAUACAGUAUGGCUGUAACUGGGGAUGAGACAGAAACAGGCACUGCAGGUGAUAUGACUGCCUGCCAGCUGCGUAACCCCAGCUCCAGCCUACCACAGGGGGUGGCAGAGGCCAGCGCUCACAGCUCCCACAAACCUAUAGAGGAUGCCUUACAAAAGAGGGAGCACCGCUUGAUGAAGAACAGGGAGGCUGCCAAAGCAAGCAGGAAGAGAAGAACGGAAUAUAUGAUCCACCUGCAAACUCGCAAUGCCUUACUGGAGACGGAGAAUCGGAUGCUGAAGACCCAGAUGCAGCUCUUGUGCAACCCGAACAUCCAAAUUCCCUGCCAAGAUCAGCCACAAACGCCUUCGCUGUUAUCACCUUAGCGCCACUGCAUUAUACAUUCCUUUAUGAUCAGUUUCAUAAUUUGGCUUAAAAUACUGUAUGAGUUGAAAGUCUAUGUGAUGGUGUCAGUCAGGGCUUCAUCUUGCAAUGUUUGUGUUGUAUUCGAUUCCGCCUCAUAAAUCCUGAUGCAAGCUCACUAUCUGGGAUUAACACCCACUGCAUUUAUCGCCCACUUUCAUUUGUGUUUAAUGUAGAGACCUAUCAGGAUCGAUUGAGCCUCUGUGUGAGGACUUAACUGCUUUUAACAUGUGGUGUUUAUAUUUAUUUGGGCAAGUUUACACUGCAGUGCAUCAUUUUUAUUUUUUAUUUUUGUAAAGGGUGGGAAAGUGUUUAUCUUCAUAUUACUGAGUGUAUAUUUACUUUAAAAUUAACAGUUUGUGGAAAAUGCAUGAAUUUACUGUUUUACCUACAGGUUUGUUUUUUUUGCUUCAUCUCAGUAUGUAUGGCUGAAUUUAGAAGCUGUUGUAAGUAUCAUUUUGAUGCGGUUAUUUAGGCAUUUGAUGCAGACAUCCAGAUUUUUAGUAGACUCCUCUGUUGGUGCUUGAUUUCUUCUCUGUAACACCGUUGUCUUGCUGUGAUCACACCUUAUUUAAAGACCUUAUUGACACAUCUUUAAAAAAUGUAUUCGCUUCAAUAAAAGUUCUUUCUCAGGA